AAAGCUUAGCCUUUGGGCUUGUCAGCGUGUUGCUAGCAUGCUAUUAUCGUUUGUCUUACUAAGUCUUUGAUAUUAUUCUGUCGUGCGGAAGCUAGCUAGCUGUUCAUUGCCUGUAGGCGCAUUUGGCAGGUAGUAUUCUUUUUCAUUUGUCUUGAGCUCAUGAGGUUGGUCGGAAAGUAGAGCAAUGUGUAGUGAAAUGUAUUGGCCAUUGCAAAGUAAAGUUGUGCAUUCUUUUAAUGCGAUCGGAAUACUACGAAGCAUAUUCCAAGUACUUCGCACACUACUGUCAACUAGGAUUGAAAAGGUUGCACUGAUUAGGCUUUGUGGCUUGUUGGUUAUCUGGCUGACGGGAAUUGCCGAAGACAACAUUACCGAUGCUGGUAACGAAAGGUGUCUAUUCGAUCCACGUGAAAGUAAUAUCAUGGAGCAUUUCAGCAGGGCGGAGAACCCACAUAGCUUGGGAUAUGAUCCAAUGUCGCCAGCACAGCAAGAGAUUGCGCCUGAGAUCGAAUUGGCAGCGCAAUCAGGUAUUCAUGCUCAACUCCAAUCUAUAAAAUCAAGUUGCUUGGAACAAGCUAGCUGUGAGCCUACGCAGGGACCGAUCUUCUGGAAGGGAACUGUGAGAAGCACAAGACAAGCAGAAGAUAUUGCAAACAGUCUUCCUGAAGAACACGCCAUAUCACCAUGCCAUGGCCAAGGUGUUGUGGAAGCAGAUGGAGCCAAGUACACUGCAGAAUCAGACACCACUCGAACACGGCAGCGUAUACCAUGGCAACGUCGAAUAUCCCCCAGUGGAGGAGCGAACGCACCAUCACGGACGUGUGGCCUUACUCUACACUCCUGUUCAGCAAUAAGUGCAGUGAGAGACGCACCAGGGACAUCUUCAACUAGGGGAACACAUUCUACUGCAUCACUUCAACAAAAACGUUCUCCCAGAUAUGGGGGACAACUGGGAGGAGAGGCAGCACUAAUGGCUUCACGAUCAUCACAUGAAGAACCAGCACCCAGCAGCACCCAGUGCCCAACCACGCCUAACCACCAAGAGCUAUCGUCUCAGCUUUCGUCACUUCCAACUAGGUGGGACGGCUCUCAGCUUGAUCCGUGCACUAAGAGGCUGGUGUAUGCUGAUAGGGAAAACCCUGACAGCAUACGAGCAUCGGACAUGAAAGAGUCUAGUUUAAAUGACCAACCAAUACUACCAUCAUCCUACCGUGACAUGAAACGAGAGAAAAUGUUCUACGUAGUCCAGCCAUCAUCUAACACUAUCCCAUCUUACAUCGCAAGAAGCAAAGCCACAUUUCAUUCCCUUAAGCCAACACAUACACCUUAUCACAUGUUACAAGGCUCCGGAAAACCUAAAAUCUGGCGAUUAUCACCCACCACACAAGGUACGAACACAUCUUUACUAGUUCUGCCAGAAUGUACGCCAUCCCCAACGAGUGAGGCAGCGAGACCGAUUCACAAGACACCCUCUUCAAUGUUAAUGCGACUCCCGGAAAGACCCAUGCAAGCCACUGAACACAGUGCGCCUGGAUCGCUCCCUAAACGAAAAUGGAGUAGAUAUGAGACCAAGGAAGAGAGUCCAAUGCCUGAAAUCGAAUAUGUAUCAGGUGCACCUAUUCCAGAGCAAUGGUUCACGCUACCAAAAUUCCUUCCCCCAAAGCGGUGUUCAAAGCCCUAUACACUCAUCUUGGAUUUGGACAACACGCUUGUAUACUGCUCGCCAAGCCUGUUGCCGGGAAGACCCUACGGGGUCAGCAUACGUCUGGGUCCGGAGAAGAAGCAAGUCGUGUAUUUCCGUCCAUUCUGCAUAGCAUUCCUGAGACGGAUGUCCCGUCACUACGAGCUUGUGGUGUAUACGGCGGCAACAAGAGGUUAUGCUGACCAGAUUGUGACUCACUUCAACAGCGAAGGAGGAGUGAACAUCUUGCAUAUCCUGGAUCGAAAUCAUUGUGUUAACGGCACUGUCAAGUGUCUUGCUCGAGUUGGACGUGACAUGCAAAGGACAGUAUUCAUUGACGACAUGCCCAAGCAAGUCGCCUACAACUGGCAGAAUGCUAUCGCAGUGUCCCCCUGGACAGGUGACAGCGAAGAUACCGAAUUAGUGAGUCUAGCUGAGGUGUUGCUGACUCUGGUUAUGGACUCCCCCAAUGACGUCCGGCCACAGUUAAGAAUUGGAUCACCUCUAUUCGACAUCAAUGACCGAAAGCUGAGGUUUUACAGAUGGAAAAGCAAUCAGCCGGAUUGCGAGGACGGAGGUGGAUGAGUAUCCAGGGCUACUGGACAGGUGAAUGCUCGCUAACCACUAUGCCCCCGGCGCAAUGCUGCAAAGCCUGUCUGUCCGGCGCAUGGUAGCCUUGGUCAAUUUCGUUGCUAAAAAUUAUUCCUUUUUCUGAUAUUCCUUUUUAUUAUUUUUAAUAGUUUUCUACCUCCACUGAGGAGCCCGUAUUGAGCGACAUAGUGUCUGGAGGAAAUGCAAAAUCUAUCCAACAACGAAUUUCCUCGCUAUGGAGAGCAUGGGUUUUUGAAUGUGGGCCAAGACAGCACAGUGUGGAGUGGUGCAGUGUUUCAUUUUCCUGUCUUUAUAAUACUCUGCCCCUCCCCAUCCUGUUGAUCUACUGUUCCCCACUAUUUUAUCCUCUGAAGUGUCCCGGGGCCUGAAGUGUUUUCGAUGCCCUUA